AUGUUGGUUUUACUCAUAUUCGUUGCUGCUGCUGCAUACUUGUGGAUAGUAGGUAGCCGAGAUGAGACAUGUAAUAAGUACAAGCUUUUCUUGGAAUGUACCCUCAUUCUCACCAGUGCCAUCUCUCCGGAAUUGCCUAUUGAGCUUUCGCUUGCCGUUAAUACAUCUCUGAUCGUUUUGCAAAAAUUGGGGAUUGCUUUUAGUAUCGAUGAAGAGAAAGGACUCGUAAAAAGUGUCUCCGAUGUCCCUCUGGAAUCUAUACAGCAGUCCAUUUUUGGAACUGAUAAUCUUCCGUCGAUGAAUGCUUUCAACCCGUCAACGCUGGGAAGAUUCAUAUCAGUGUUUAGCCAUUUACCAUGGCGGCUCUUAUGAUGUUUAACUGCUCAUACCACUUUUGAUGGUGUCGCGUUGUUCUCAGCAGCGCUUUGAUUCAAUAAGGAAGCUAUUCAGCGAUUGUCUUGUCUAGUGAUAAUCAUAACGGAUCUCAUGGCUAGGUGCUUUUUCGAUCAACUCAAGGACGAUGACAGUUGGCUGGACAUCGGCGUAAGUAUAUCGCAGUAUCUUACUCAGUGUGUUUAUCAAUUGGUGUAUUGUCAUUAUUGCUUUGUGCUAGUCAUCUCAUGACAACUUCGAUUACGUGGAUAGAUACAAAAUCUCAAAUCUGGAUUAACAAUUAAUGCCAAAGACGAGUGCCUGCCUUGAAUGCUUUCUCUUAUUUUAUGCACUUAUCUAGUCGUUGUCUUUCCAUCCGCAUCAUUUGUGAUCAUUUAUCAUUCAUUGUUGCUUAUAGAUC